CUGGAAUUUCUGGUCAUGUUGGCGUGGUGGGAGCUGUAGUAGAAUUGGUGGUGGACCAUCACCACGGGCACCACCGACGCGAGCCUCGUCGACGGGCUCAUUAUCUUUCAAAGCCAUGUAUGACCCGAACGCGAUGCAGGGACGUCGUGUGCAGCCAGUGGGACUAUCAUGGCUUGGAGCUGGUCGACAACGUCCCAGCUGGCCACGCUUGUGGCGGUGGAAGUGAUGGAAAAGGGCAAUGAAGUCGCCACGUAUGCCCUGAUCACGAGAGUCAACAACCUCGAGAGUCCGUUUGCCGGCAUCGUCUUCAAGUACGUCGACUCGUUCUUCAAGAUGUCUCGGAACAGCAUCAACAACGGCAGUCAUCACCGAUGCGCGGUGGGACGUGUGGUCAGUGUACGUAUUUUCGUACGCGUGAAAACUACCGUCGCUGGGAUGCUGCCCCCCCAUAAGAUGGAGAUAACUGUUACUGGAGGUAAAGCGAAAAUGGGACAAGAGCAAGUGUUCUGCAUGGCGCUGCAGAAAGACCUAUGA